AUGGAACAAGAUGUUAUAAAUUUGAAAAACCAUACUACUCAAUAUAAAGUACUGAAAGAUGAAGAAAUAAAACAAAAAGCCCUGAAGACAUAUAUGGAUAGCGAUGAGUAUAAAAAAGAAGUUGAAGCAAAUGUAAAGGCAGAAAAACUUUUACAGUUGCAAAACCAAACCGUACAGUAUGAAAACUUAGCACAAGAAAGUAAAAAUAACGACGCAGCCAUGCAAAAGGCAAUGAAAAGCGCAGAAUAUAUAAAAGCUAACAAUGACUGGUUAGAUGCCCAAGCCAACGCUAAAGCAGCCCAACUUAUAGGGUCAAUAAGGACAAAAAUACAAGCGGAUGAAGACAGUUCAAAUGAAGCUUUAAUGAAUGCUGACUUUAAGAACGCCUUCGAAGCUCUUCAUAGUAAGGUGAAACAAGUGAACGAUUUCUCAUCUGGAAAGAAACUGAAGUCUGAAGGUUUCGACAAAGAGUUAAGAGAAGUAGCACAAAAUAUGACUAAAAUAACAGAUGCAGCAACGAGACAGGCAGUUCAAAGUGCCUAUGACGCCGUUAGAGCAACUGUUGUGGAAAGUCAAGAAAAAGAGUUACAACAGACCAAAACAGACCUAGUAAAUGCUUUCUUAAAAACGAAAAGUCAGGUAGGACAUUAUGCUGCAGAUGGAACAUAUGUGCCAGCUGGUGGAACUUAUAUACCAGCUGGUGGAACUUAUAUACUAGCUAGUGGAACCUAUAUACCACCAAACCCUCCAAGAGAAGCACCUGCACCAGGACUACCUAAAACAUUUACAUCGUCACAUGGACACAGACACAGGCAUGCACCAAAACCAGCACAACAACCAGCACAGCAACCAACAGUUCAAAACCCUGCACAACAACCACCUCCACAACCAGCACAGCAACCAACAGUUCAAAAUCCUGCACAACAACAACCACAAACAGAGCAAGGACAUAA